AACUAAUUAAGUAAUAGAUUUUGAGUAGCUAGAUAUGGCAAGGUUCUCAAAGCUACAAGCUCUGUUUCUAGUAUUGCUCUUUCAACUUAACUUGCAAUUGCAAUGGUCAUAUGGUCUUCAGACAGAUCAAAGCCGACUAUACAUCGUUUACCUCGGUGAGAGGCAGCACGAAGAUGCUGAUCUUGUCACUGCAUCACACCAUGAUAUGCUCACCUCAAUUCUUGGGAGCAAGGAGGAGACUCUCAGGUCGAUUGUCUACAGCUACAGGCAUGGUUUUUCUGGCUUCUCUGCUAUGCUCACACAAUCACAAGCCAGAAAGAUAGCGGGCCUGCCCGGGGUCCUCAGUGUAACUGAAAACCAAAUAUACAAAACGCAUACAACACGAAGUUGGGAUUUUCUUGGACUUGAUUACAAGCCGACAAAUGGGCUGCUCGCGAAAGCUAGAUAUGGAGAAGGCGUGAUCAUUGGUGUCGUUGACACAGGAAUCACACCCGAGUCACCAAGCUUUGACGAUGCCGGAUAUGGCACCCCUCCAUCCAAGUGGAAGGGGAUUUGCCAAGUAGGUCCUUCAUUUGGUACUAACAGUUGCAACAGGAAGAUCAUCGGUGCACGGUGGUACGCUUACGAUGUCCCAAAUGGCACGCUCGACACAGAAGUGCUAUCACCCAGGGAUGUCCAUGGGCAUGGCACCCACACGGCCUCAACAGCCGGUGGUAACAUCGUCCACAAUGUUAGCCGUCUCGGGCUAGCGGCUGGCACAGCGCACGGUGGCGCACCCCGUGCACGGUUAGCCAUAUACAAGGCUUGUUGGGCCACACCUGACGGCACUGGAUGUUCUGGCGCUGGCUUGUUGAAAGCCAUGGACGAUGCUAUCCAUGAUGGUGUUGACAUUUUAUCACUUUCCAUUGGUGGUCCGUUUGAACAUAUGGGCACACUGCAUGUUGUUGCUAAUGGCAUUGCUGUUGUGUACUCUGCUGGGAACGAUGGACCCAUCGCUCAGACGGUGGAGAACUCAUCCCCGUGGUUACUAACGGUGGCUGCAGCCACCAUGGAUCGGUCUUUCCCUGUGGUUAUCACCUUAGGAAAUAAUGAAAAGUUUGUGGCACAAUCCUUCGUCGUAACAGGAAGUGCGAGUCAGUUCAGUGAAAUACAAAUGUACGACAAUGACAACUGCAAUGCUGACAAUAUCGACAACACUGUGAAGGGGAUGAUCGUUUUCUGCUUCAUCACGAAAUUUGACAUGGAAAACUAUGAUAGAAUCAUCAACACAGUGGCCUCCAAAGUAGCCUCCAAAGGAGGCCGAGGGGUUAUCUUUCCGAAAUACAGCACUGACUUAUUCCUCAGGGAGGACUUGAUCACUUUUGAUAUUCCAUUUGUCCUCGUGGACUACGAGAUUUCUUACAGGAUUCGCCAGUACAUCAUAAAUAAUGAAAAUGGUAACAUCCCAAAGGCGAAGAUAUCAUUAACCAAGACAAUGGUGGGAAGUGAAAAUUCUGCUCCCAAAAUAGCAGCUUUCUCAUCGAGGGGCCCUAGUUAUAUCUAUCCUGGGGUUCUCAAGCCAGACAUUGCUGCACCAGGGGUUGCGAUUUUAGCUGCUUCACCAAAUACUCCAGAGUUCAAAGGUGUUCCCUACCGUUUUGAUUCUGGAACAUCUAUGGCUUGCCCACAUGUAUCUGGGAUCAUUGCCGUGCUCAAAUCCCUUCAUCCUGAAUGGUCACCUGCUGCCCUCAAAUCUGCGAUUAUGACUACAGCAAAUACCUUUGACAACAAUGGGAUGCCUAUGCAAGCUAAUGGAAGAGUUCCAAAGAUUGCCGAUCCGUUUGAUUAUGGAGCAGGCUUUGUUAAUCCGAUCAUGGCGGCUGAUCCAGGCCUCAUCUAUGACAUCAACCCAUUGGAUUAUCUCAAGUUCUUCAAUUGCAUGGGAGGACUAGGCUCACAAGACAACUGCACGACGACAAAAGGAUCCGUGAUUGACUUGAACCUGCCAUCGAUCGCCAUUCCCAACCUUAGGACAUCCGAAACUGCGGUGCGCACUGUCACUAACGUUGGUGUCCAGCAAGAGGUGGUGUACAAAGCUUUCCUCGACCCUCCUGCUGGAAUCGAGAUGGCUGUCGAGCCAUCAGAGCUAGUGUUCAGCAAGGACAAGAAGGAUCAAAGCUUCAAGGUGACCUUCAAGGCGACACGGAAGGUCCAAGGGGACUACACGUUCGGAAGUUUGGCAUGGCAUGAUGGUGGCAGCCACUGGGUUCGAAUCCCCAUCGCAGUUCACAUUGUGAUUGAAGAGAUAUACUCCAAUAUUUCCUAAUUUGAUAUGCCAGCUUCAUAUAAUGCUAGUUGAUCAGAGAUCAACUAUAAAUAAUGAAGAAGAAAUCAAUCAUAUGCUUCAUACGUAGCAUGUGUAUCUGCAAUCAGGCUGGAUGAUAUCAUUCCAGCUCCAACCAGUGUAUAUUUAAGGUUACAAUGAAUAACUUUAUGUAACCCUAUAUUAAAUGUUUAUUUUGAAUAAUAGACUUCCUAUA